CCGGCGCCCGCCACCCUCGCAGCUCGUCGGGAAAACCGAAGGAACGUUAGCUCCGUCGUGCUUUUUAAUUGGUGCCAUGGAAAUGAAACGGUUCCUUCUUGAACUAUAACAAUUGAUCGGCAAAUAAUUCGGGAAAUAUUUUUUUUUCGAUCAAGGGUUUAAACUUUUCGUUGCCAAGAAGUCUCGUAUUUUCUUUUUUUUUUUCACUGGGCGGUUGUUCUGCUCGUUUACAUCGAGAAAAGUUCGUAAGAAUAGCGAAAAUAAAAACGAAAGAAAGAAACUAGUGACGGAUCGUUCGGUUUCGUUCAAUGACCUUUACGUUUUAGAAAACAGGUGUUUUAACUCCGAGCUGUGUCAGCCGGCACUACGUUGAUUAAAGAAAAACGAGCAAAAUAAAGAAACAAUCAUGACUGUGGAGUGUUGCUUGAAUUCGAUUGAAAAAUAUCAUUUCUUCGUUUUGCGAGUGAACGUUCAAGAGAUCUACGUGAGUUAAUGGAAUUUCUAUGAUCGGCAUUCCUUGAAAACUCGGAGUUUGCACGGUGUGAUUGGAACGAGCGUACAAUGGCGAGCUUUAUUAAUUCAACGACGACACUUAUCAAUGAUGUCUACGAUUAUUAUCUCUGGACUCUCUCUUUAGCAGACGAAAGAACGAGAGGAUGGCUGCUAGUCGAUUCACCAAAACCAACUUUAAUAUACACGAUGCUGUACCUCAUGAUCGUUUGGGCUGGACCAAAGAUCAUGAAAAAACGAAAAGCUUUUAAGCUUACUUGGGCUCUCGUACCAUACAAUCUUGCCAUGGCUUGUCUCAAUGCUUAUAUUGCCAUUCAACUUCUCGUUGCUUCUACAAGGUUACGAUAUAGCUACGUUUGUCAACCAAUUAGACACAUAACACGUCCAGAUGAAAUGCAGAUCGCACACGCGGUAUGGUGGUACUACUUUAGCAAGCUCUUAGAAUUUUGUGACACAUUCUUCUUUAUUUUACGUAAGAAGGACAAUCAGUUGAGCUUCCUGCACGUCUAUCAUCACUCGACGAUGUUUUCCCUUUGGUGGAUCGGUAUCAAAUGGGUUCCAAGUGGAUCCACUUUCUUACCAGCUAUGGUAAACAGUUUCAUCCACGUGUUGAUGUAUUCGUAUUAUGGGUUAGCUGCUUUGGGUCCCUCGGUUUCCAAAUAUCUUUGGUGGAAGAAAUACUUGACGAUUCUCCAAUUAAUCCAAUUUACAACGGCUCUGAUUCUUGGCAUUAAUGGUAUUCGAUCAGGCUGCGAUUUCCCUCUUUGGAUGCAGUAUGCACUCGUCAUUUAUAUGAUCUCAUUCAUUGUUCUAUUUGGAAACUUUUAUGCUAAAGCCUAUAUCGCUAAGGGUAAACAAGCGUACGCGGAGAGACAAUUGGAGAGGCUGAAGACAAAGAAAUCGAAGAUGGUUGAAAACGAGAAGAAAUCCGAAGGAGUAGUCAGUAACGGAAUACUUACAAAUGGACACGUUAAUGGAUAUGCAAAUGGCGUUACGAAAAGGAAGGCUUAGUUCGAGUGAUCUUUGAGGAUCUUCGAGGAUCUUUUUUCUUAAAAAGAAAAGAAUCACUCGAACUGUUUCAUAGAAUUUAAUGGAGGAAGAGACAUCUUGAGAGCCAAAGAGAGCCAUUUAGAACGAAGAAAAAGAAAAGAAAAAAUAUAUAUAAAUUAAAAAGAAAAGGAAAAAAAGAAAAGAAAAAAGGAUAGAGAGGACGAUUCUUCGUAUUCUCAAUUUUUUUUUUUUUUUUUUAUUCAUG